UCGCGGUAGCCUACUUCCUUUCCGGACAGCACGGUAAAAAUGUCGACCAACAGGAAAAAGACCAGGAAGCUCCGAGGCCACGUAAGCCACGGUCACGGUCGUGUCGGUAAGCACCGCAAGCAUCCUGGAGGUCGGGGUAACGCUGGUGGGCAGCACCACCACAGGAUAAACUUCGACAAAUACCACCCUGGUUAUUUUGGCAAGGUGGGCAUGCGUAACUACCAUCUGCGCAAGAACCACUACUGGAAACCCUGCAUCAACAUCGAUAAGGUCUGGUCCCUUGUUCCUGAACAGAAGAGGACGGAUCUGAAAGUGAAUGGUGCCGGCAAGGCUGCCGUCAUCGAUGUCGUGAGGCACGGUUAUUACAAGGUUCUCGGCAAAGGUGUUCUCCCAAAACAGCCAGUCAUUGUAAAGGCCAAGUGGUUCAGCAGAAAAGCUGAGGAAAAGAUCAAGGAGGUCGGAGGUGCUUGCAUCUUGACGGCGUGAGCUGCAAACUUUUCCAGUGUCAAUAAAAUACAUGUACACAGAC